GUAAACAUGGCUGUCUGACAAGUUCGUGGCAAAACAAUGAAAACACCAUGUAUUUCCCAGUCGGUUGGCCAAAAUAUCUAAAACAAAAUAUCCAACAUUCACAGGAGCCAUGCUUCAUUGUUUCAAGUUGCGAUCGUAUGCUUUUUGCAGUGUUAUACGAUGAACGAAUCAGUAUCUGGUAUUGCAAGCCAUCAGUUGAGAUUGUGAGUUACACUCAAUCAGCAAAAAGUCUCGCCUCAUUUGGUAACUACAUCAAGGCAGAAUGGAAACCAGACUCAUCAGCUCUAGCUGUUAUGACAAGCAAAGGCUACAUUGCCUUAUUCAAAGUGGACCUCGAUAUAUCAGUGCCAAACCAUCAUUGUCUCUAUGUGUCUACUGAGGGGAAGACACAAGUGCCAAGACGAGAGAUUAAUGGCAUUGUUGAGGGUGACUCUAUCCCAGCCAUCAAGAUCUCCUUGCAGUCAUAUGUACAGCUCACAGCCAAACUGUCAUGCUGUCUGUGUAUUCGGGAGGAGUUGGCAGUGGCGUCUGUGGAUGGGUCUGUUACCCGGCUUCGCUGGAACGCCCAGCGCAAUGACAAAGCCUCGUUCCAUCUACAGGAAAUGCCAGUAGCAUCAGAUUUUCUGCGUUCAAGUGGCACGCGAUUAACUGAGGCAGAUGGCUAUGUGGUUCAGAUGGAGUACAGUCCCAUUAUCGGAGGUUACUGUAUGGUUCUGUCUUCAGGGAAAGCUCUGCUACUCAUGUCUUCAGCCAUGAGGGAAGAGAGGGGCACUGUUGGAGUGUGGGCAACAGAUAUUAAGGAUGUGGCUUGCUUGGCUGUCAACCACAGAUAUAGAUUGAUAGCCUAUGGAUGCAAAGGGUCAAAUGGAGUGGUGUACACAUUAAAUGAGGUUGAGGGAACUCUGGAGGCGACACACAGGCUGCAGGUCACCUGUAAAAACUUUCCAGAGAUGGACAAAACAGUAGGUCCUGUCUCCUGCCUGAAGUGGACACCAGAUGGUACAGCACUGGCCAUGACAUGGAGGAAGGGUGGCUUCUCACUGUGGAGUGUGUUUGGAUCAUUGCUGAUAUGCACUGUUGGGGGAGAUUACUGUGUGUCAAAUGAAUACUCCAAGUUAUUUCCGCCAUCAGUAAAGUCAAUGGAGUGGGGCCUUGAAGGUUAUCACCUGUGGAUGAUCGGCACCCAGGAUGCAGCAGAGGAGGCUGGACAGUAUGAGACGGUCAACAGGUCGGACCUCAUACAGCUACAGUUUGUCAAGAGUUGUCUCACAGUAAACCCCUGUAUGACAAACCACGAACACGUGUUCAUGCAAGGUGAAGACAAGCUCUACCUUAACACGGGUGACAUAACAUCAAAGUCUAGCCAGUACACUGGGAGGGAGGCGCACAUUCUUGUUGGCAGUAAACAAUGGCAGAUUAUUCCUAUCUCUCAUAGCUACCUGGCUGCCAACUGGCCUAUUAGGUAUACAUGUGUGGACAAGGCGGGCCAGUGUGUGGCUGUGGCAGGGAAGACAGGCCUCGCUCAUUACGCACUCUUCACCAGGAAGUGGAAACUCUUUGGGAAUGAAACUCAGGAGCGUGACAUGGUUGUCUCAGGUGGUAUGGCCUGGUGGAAGGACUUUCUCUGCGUGGCCUGUUACAACAUCAUUGGACAGAGAGAUGAGGUGCGGUGUUACUGGCGAGGCUCCAAGCUAGACAACACGUUCGCCUGCACACAAAAGGUCCCCUCGCAGGUGUUGUUACUCAACAUUUUCAAGGACACGCUACUGCUGUUCUUUGUGGAUUCUCACGUAAUGAUAUUCAACCUUGAAAGGAAAAAUACUCCAGCCAAUGCUUCAUUACAGUUGUCGAAGGUUCAAGAAGUUGCGCUGAACACGUACAUUCCCCACCCAGUCUGUGUAACUGGUGUGCUUCUUACAUCUUUGAAGAUUGAUGUUGCCCCAGUCAGCUGCCAGCUGAGGAGUCACGGUGCACGUGACACGGAGAGUCUUCUGUUGAAUGUGGCGGGAAAACUGCUCGUGUUCCAGAGAGACCGGAGUGGCCCACAGAUACUGGAGAAGGAUAAACACUCACCACAUAAACAGAAACAGUUGCCGUUUACUUCCCCCUCUGUGGUGGCCACCAAUGUUGAGAACAUGUGGACCACACCGCGGACAAACACAUGUAAACUCCAACUGACAGAGGCAUUGUGGUUAGGGUGUGGGGCACACGGCAUGAAGGUGUGGUUGCCUCUAUUUCCAAAGAAUGAAAGCCAAGCUCACAACUUCAUGUCCAAACGAAUAAUGCUGCCAUUUAGAGUAGACAUUUACCCACUAGCUGUAUUAUUUGAAGAGGCUGUGAUACUGGGCGUGUCAAGUGACUCGCUGACAUUCAAGUCAAGUGCCAUAACUCCACACUCUGGCACACACCUUCAACACAUACCCUACUGCAGUCUUGAACGAACUAGUCAGAUAUACCUUCAUCAUUUGUUGAAACAGUUAUUGAAAAGAAAUCUAGGUGUACAAGCCCUGGAACUUGCUCGGUGCUGUUCAGAAUUGGCCUACUUUCCCCAUGUGUUGGAACUUCUACUGCAUGAAGUAUUGGAAACAGAAGCCACUUCCAAGCAACCCAUCCCAGACCCAUUGUUGCCAAGAGUAGUAGCAUUUAUUCAGGAGUUUCCAGAGUACCUACAGACAUUUGUUCACUGUGCACGAAAAACUGAAGUCGCCCUCUGGCCCCACCUUUUCAAGACUGUCGGCAACCCAAAGGACCUGUUUGAGGAGUGCCUGAUAAAUGAGAGGUUGGAGACCGCAGCAUCUUAUCUCAUCAUUCUGCAGAACCUGGAGAAACCCAUUGCCAGUAGACAACAUGCAACGUUACUACUGGAUUCAGCAGUGGAAAGCAACCAGUGGGACCUCGCCCAGGACAUUGUGCGGUUCCUUAAAUCCAUUGACCCAAGUGACAACGACGCCUCCCCACCCCUCGCCUUUAACAUGAUGAGUCCAACCACGUACACAAGCACACCUGCCAUGGAGCAGGACCAUUUUACGUUCAGUAGCGUGAGCAAUGUCAGUCGAAUUCGGAGUUCCAGUGUCACAGCAGAGUCAAUGGUCAGAGAGGCAAACAAAGAAUCAGGAAAGAAGAAACUCUCGCAUACUCUGUCAGACAACCAGUUCAAUGCAAAGAAGUCCCCCUCAAGUAAGCAGGUAAGCAUUGAGGGUUCUACAGACCAGGUGUACAUAGACUCCAUUCUGUGUCGACAUGCCCGUAAACUCCUGUCCUCAAACAGAAUACGAGAUUUGGGAUACUUUGCCGCAAACAUCAGGGACUUUGGCUUUGUCUCAUGGCUUAGAAAAGAGAGGUUACGAACUGCAAAGGUGACUGACUUUGUGUGUGCUAUUCGUGACCUUCACCACCAGUUUCAUUGGCCGCUGCCUGUUCUCUCACUGUCUGCCUUUCAACAACUCAAGAGGAAGGCCUUCUCCACAUCAAGCUUGGCAUCUCUGACCCUGCUGGACGACAAUGCCCCUUUGAGCCCCGGUUUCUCCCGCCAAAACGCCACCCUCGUGCCCAAACCCAGCCCUGGCCCUGGCGGGAGUCAGAACAACCUUUACAAGGUUGACAGCUUCAUCUCCAAUGGAGUGUCUGAUGAGAUUAUCCUGAAACCACAGCUGUUGAGAACAGAGGACAGCAGCCUGGCAACUCAAGAGAUCUCAGACUCAAGCUCCCAGUUCGGGGAUUUUGACGUGCUGGGUGACUCCACAAGCUCUCUUGAUAGCUUAUCUCCUGAGCUUGAGCUUUUAUCUCAAGAAAUCAUCUCCAAGGGACCAGAACAAUCUGAGCUUGAGCUAAGAUAUAUGUUUCAAGUACUGCUAGAAGCAGAAUGUUUGGAGUGGGCGUUGCUGGUUGCGAUCGUGCUACGUGACUCCCUCGCUGUCGUACGUACGGUGAACACAGCCAGUAUGACAGACACUCCCCUUGAGGUUGUGGCCAGCAUGAGGGAAGGACUGUCGUACCUUGAGCUCUGGUCUGAUACUGAAUGUGUUGGUUACAAGCCCUUUCUUCAUGCAAUUCGAGGUCAAAUUCAUAUUCUUUCAAAGAUCACAGAAACUGCCCCACCCACCUUAAAACUAAGCACUGACAUGGACUCUUCCAACUGUUCAGUUGAGGAGGGGAAUUUGUCACCGAGUGCAAUGACCAUGAGAGGGGAGAAUGACACUCCUCAUGAUUUACCUUCACAGACAGUCGACCCUCCCAAACAGAGUGAAUGUGCUGUGUCAUGACAUGGACCAGACUGUGAUUAAGGGGAAGCAAGUCAUUAAUUAUUUAAAACCUUCACAGGCCAGUGUGAUAUUUUUUCUGCAACUCUGGAGAUUAUCCGUAGUGGAGAAAGAAUACAAAAUGAAGAUUUAUUGCAAUGGGAAUUGAUGGAAGUUGUUAGGAAAAUUGCGUUGACCGACCCAUGUAAUUCCUGCCAUAAAAAAUGACUCUGGCAAAUUUGCUGACAACUACAAAAGAGAAUAAAUGAUAUCAUUCCAACAUCGAUAUAGAGGCUUAAAUAUAAUGCUGAAAGGGCUUUCAAGCAGUAGAAAUGUUGUAUGAUGUGAUUUGAGUAUUUUGUUGGCAUCAUAUGUAAAUAUAUAUCAUAAAUAUGGUGAACAAAUUGUUUUAUUUUACUUUGUAAAAGGACAGUGUUUAUUGAUGUAUAAUCAUUUUCUCAAAAUAUUUUGGCCAAAUUUGGCAGUUUUGUGAUUAUACAGCUAUUAAUCGAACUUUGAGCAAAACAUAACAUUAUACAUAGUUAUCAAACAAAUAUCAGAUUACUUGUUUUUAUGUUUUAAAAUUGAUUUCUUUGAUAACAAAUUAUAAUACUGGUACAUUUGAAAUCAACCUCGUAACGUAAUUAUGGAUUUCACAUAUUUUUAAACUGUAAAUAAUCCAGAAGUUGUCUACGAUACUUAUGUAUACAUAUAUGUAUGAACUUGUUUUAAAGAUUAUUUUGUUAUUAUUUCCUUCUGUGAAAUGAUAUAUGUUGUAUUUAAAUUGUAGAAUAAAUGUAUGGCUAAAUUAAAACAAAGACGAAAUUAGGGAGAAAUUUUCAUGAUUUUGAUAUGAAUUGAAAACUUAAUUUUCUUUUGACAUAUCACUUAAAUAUUUUUAGUUUUGUAAUUAUUCUAGAAUAAAAACAUUAUAAAAACAUUAUUCAAAAUUACAUUUAAUCAUAAAUCUGCGAGCAAGACAUAUCUCGCAAAAUAUGUUUGUUCGUAUUCCACCUAGUACAAUACGCCUUUACGUCGUGUCAUAACAAGUAUCUAGGGUCUAAGCCAGAUUUUAAGAAAGGACAGGGUGCUGCAAAAGAGGGACAGGGUACAAAGGGAGAAAGGCCACAUUGAUUCAGGCUGUGAAGAGUUUGAACAUUAUGAAUUUCACCAAAUUUGUUAGAAUUGUGUUUGAAUGAAGAAAUUUUAGGUUUAAACCACCAAAUAUUAUAAGCUUGUACGUCUUUAUAAUCUUAUUAUAGGUUCUAACCAAAUUUUUGUGACUAGUAUUUAGUCUGAAGCAUUUAAUUCUAUGAAGGCGGAAGGGAGCCCAUGUUGGUCUCCAUGAGGGUAGAAGGAUGCUACCAAAAAUGAUCAUAGUGCAGCACCCUUCCAUAACUCUUUAGAUAAAACCCUUAGUAUCAUUACGCUAUUAUAAAAUGCCAUAAAACAAAAAAAUGCUGCAUUUAAAUGUAAUUUAUUAUGUUUUAAUGGGCUGAUUGCUUAGAACUUUGUUAAAGUUAACAACAUGAUUAACAAGAUGGUUGUUAACUUUUAACAAUGAUUGUUUUGAUGAUAUGCUCCUACAAUUAAUAAAAACAUGUAGAACUGAAACAGUUGUCUUUAACAUUGUUAGAUUUACUGUGGAUCGUAAAUUUGCACAUCAAUGUCCUAGAGUGAUCAAGAUUUGAAAGUUAAUUAUGAUGGGGUUAACAACAUUUUUAACUUUAACAAAGUUCUGAAUAAUUGGCCCAAUGUUUUUUUUUAAGUUAUUUAAACAAGUCUGAGUGAUCUAUAUAAUAAAAGGGUUAUUAGUAUUUUGUUUCUAUCAGAAGUUGUAUUCAACUCUAGUGGAUCUCUGUAAACUCUGCAAAAAUCCAUGAAAAUUGAAUACAGCCUCCCAGAUCAGAAUACAGUACUUAAUAACCAUACAGAAGUCGCUCCGAGGAUAGUCACAGUAUUAAAAUAUAGCCAGUUUAUGUAUGCUGUAGUGUCUUUUUCUUUCCUUGAUUCUAAUGCGUUGGGUAAUGAUAUUCCUCCUCUAUUUUGUUGAUAGUUAUAAUGUUUAUUUACAAAUAAUUAAUCAUCAACUUGUUUUUAUGAUUUUGCAGCAAAAAGGAAACAUUGUUGUUUUUAUAAUUGCUGUGUGGUGCUUAAUUUGUUAAUAAUGAGCUGAUUGAUCAGAACUUUGCUAAGAUUAACAACUUCAUUAACAACAUUGUUGUGAACUUUCAAAUCCUUACUAUGGACACACUUGCAGUAAUUUUUACAAGCUGUGUCUUAUUUAAUUACAUCAGCUCAUCAUUAAUGUUUAACCUUUAAAAGUGAAAACCUUUAAAAUGCCAAUUGCAUAAGCAAUGUUGUUAACUUUGUCGAAGUUCUAAACAAUUAUGCUAAUGAGACUACUUAUAUAUUACCAAAUUCCUGGGGCAAAAGUCAUAAAACUUCUUAAAUCAUUUCCUUGCGUCACUUCCUUAAUUUUAGUAUAAAAUGAAAAACUUAUGAAUUACCAAAAUACAUUAUUUUCAUUGACCUUAUUGAAAAAAACAUACUGUGAUGGUUUAACCACUAAUAUAUUUUUUUUUAAUUUGACUGUAACUGAGUUAGGAAUUGAUGUAAGAUAUUUUAUUAAUACAGCCCCUGACCAUUUUUUUCUCUUCUGUAUAAGGCAAAAUCAGUAUUUUUUCUGUCUUUUGUUUUACCACAGAAUGAAAUAAAAUGGGAAAGGUCCAUACAAGGCCAUAGCAACACCUUGAAAUUGUAAAAUACUGAAUACAGUUUUGCAAGUCUCAAACAAAAUACCACAGUGACCAAGGAAAUGUGUAACUAUAUUUGUCCAAGUCAUAAAACGUUAUGAAAGAAAUGGUUGUAAUUAACCUUAUAAUUUUAUUAAGACCUUGUUGACCUAAAUGUUUUGAUUUAGAGCUGAAAAGAGGUCAUAUAAAUAGCAGUCAUAUAUUAAGUGAAUAGCGCUGUAAUUAUCGGCUACUUAUAGCAUGAUUUAGCACUGCCUACUUGUUGUAGUUCCAAUAUGAAAGGUUGUGUAGUUUAAAACUUCUGACAUGGUACAGAUACAUCUUAUAUUAUUGGUACCAUACUGAAUGAUUUAUAACCCUAUGCAUUUAGUGCUUUUCACCAAUUGUACAUACAUAGGCUUCAUAUUAGUCAUCUGCCCUAUUUGCGGUAAGAAUUGAUAAGUAAAAGAAAGAAAGAGUUUUAGCUAUGUGCUUUCUUUCCUGGUCAAUAUCUGAGCACAUCUUCUUUUCAUAACAAUAAGUUAUAGUUAUUGUCAGACACAUACCAUUGCUGACUUAUCAUUUAGAAGACCAGAAAUAAAUGCUAACUUUCUUAGUGUUCAGCGCAAAAUGCCUAUCAAAUGCCCCUAAAAUAGCCAGUGCAAAUGCAUGACCUUCUAAAUAAGUCACUAAAUUGAACCAAAUAUUGACUAAAUGGAAACUUGGGGGCUGUUUUUGCUAGGUCAAGUAAUCUGCUUAAUGGAUUAUGUUUUCAAAAUGCCAUUGGUAGAGGCUUGAGCUUUACCACCAACCUUAUUUAGUGGUCAACAUUUUUUUUGUCCAAUAAGAAGUUUUCUUUUACUUUUAUUUCAGUAAAUCAGAAGUCACCCGUAAUGAUUUAAGUCAAGUAAGGUGAUAGAUACAAAAGGUCGCUGGCCAAUUAGAUAAUUAGUUUACACAAAAAAAUGUAGACCACUAAUUAUUUUCAGCAAAAGUUGCUUUAAACCAUUUAUUUUUGUGAGUACAUACUAAAAACCUUUUACCAUUUAUCUUAACAUUGCCUUCAAGUCAGAUUUAGUAUAGAUUACUAAAAUUUAUUUUGAGUGCAUUUGUUAAACAGCUGGAAAGUGAUAAGUUGGAAAUUGUUGUUAAAAGUUUUAUUUAGAAUUAUAAAUUGUUUGUAGUGUAAUUUUUUGUUCUAAACGUUGAACGUCUUGUUUUCCUUAGAUUUUAGUAUGUGUAUAAAUGCAUCAAUUUUUAAAAUAAAUUGCUACUCUCUAUAUAUAUUCUCAAAUUCAGUUUAGUUGUUCAGGAGCUUCAUAUAUAUUAUUUUUAUAAUUGAGUUGUCAUGAGUUGUAAAUAGUUUUUAUCUUGGCAUAUUUUUAGGAUGAAAUCAUUUUUUGACCAUAAUACAUAAUACAAUUGUGCCAACAACAGCAUGGAGUGCUGAUAAUAUGGCUUGUGAUGUGUUAUAUCAUUUGAAACUUGUAUAUACACAUUUGAUGUAUUGUUUGUAUGCCAUUGUACAAGAAGUGCUGAAAAGAUAAAAAAAAUAAAAUGUCAUAUGUC